GGCUCCUGUCGGAGUCGGAGAGGGUGCCCCCAGCAUCCUGCAACAAGUAAAGGCAGGCCCAAGUGGCUCCUGGGAGGAGGGAGGAGGAAGAGGAGGAGGAAGAGGAGGAGGAAGAGGAGGGGAUAGUACUGAAGGACAGCGAGAGAGAAAGAAAGAGAGGAGAGAGAGAGAGAAACCAUUUCUCCAUUCGGGCUUCUACUUCAGCCUUUCCAGUCUGUUCAUGUCCGUCCAAUGAGUGGGAGCUUUUCACAUUUUGCUUUUCAGUCACUUCACUUCACUUGGGGACGAAGAAAAACUUAAAAAAAAAAGAAGAAGAGGGUCCAUGGCCUCCUGGUUCAGCUGGAAUGAGCCUUAUUACCGGAGCCCCCGCAGGGACCCUGCCGACGUGGUCACCGACACGCUGAUGCUGGAGUUCAGCUGGCAGCUGAAGGAGGCCGAGAGGCAGCACAAGGAGAGGGAGAACGAGUACCGCCGCCUCAAGACCGGCGUGGACUACAGCUGGUUGGCCAGCACGCCUCGAUCCUCCUACAGCAUCAGCACCGGAGAGAGGCUGGGCCUGGAGGAGCUGUGCGCCAAGGUGCCCCCGUCCGCCUGUGGCCUCAUCAUACUCAAGUUCAGGGAGGUCAUGCAGGCCAACGAGCCUGAGGUGCACGAGGUGUCGGGUCUGUUUCGCUCCGUCCUCCUGGAGGCUCUGGACCACCUGAAGGAGGAGCAGGAGGCGCAGAGACUCGCCCGCCAGUGGAACAACAAACGGGCCAUGAGCAUGUCCCUCAUGAACUUCAGGUCCAGGAUUAGGAUCAACCCCUUUGGGAGCACGGUGGGCCUGACCUCCACUGCUGCCGAGGGGGCGGGGCUGAGUGACCUCAAGACGGUGUCCGAGGACGUGGAGAGAGGGAUGGACCGGGACGAGAGGUCUCAGAGGGUCUGGAGUAUGCCCGACUUCAGAUAUAAAGGUGCUAACAGCAGUAAAGUGGUCUGAAGUAUUAAGAGGACUUCUGAUGGUGGGACAGACGGGUGUCCUGCUGGUCUCACAGGACCCUCCUCUUUUCAGUAUGACACCGCUCAGCAUUUGAUCCAAGUCACUGCUUCACCUUUCCACGUGAGAAGGUGAACCGCAGCGUCAGGUCGUCCCUUGAACACUCGUAUUUGAGGAUCAGCUUUUUCUUUGCAUGAGAUGAUCACCUCCUGCUGUGAUGCCUCUUAGAAAUUUGCAGACGUUUUAUUCUGUAAUGGCACUUAAGUAAUGAGGGCUGUUACUGUAGCCUGAUAGAGAUGUUCACAGUAUAUAAUGUCAAAAAAAAAAAAAAUCAAUAAAUAAAACGCACAAUGCACA